AUGUCAAGACAAGACAACUCAUACAGUUUUUGCAGAUUGUAUCGUCUCCUGGGAUUUCUUUGUCUUACUGCAGGUUGUUUAUAUCAAAGUUUUUCUUUUAUGGCGAUGUAUCUAGAAUAUCCUACCACAGUAGAAGUGAAUGUGAUGCAUCUGCCAGCUUUGAAAUUUCCAGCGGUCACAAUAUGCAAUAGUAACAGAGGUUUACGAAUGAAACUGGGUCAUCAAAAGCAAGAUUUUAUUAUUUAUUGUGACUAUGAUGGACUUAAUUGCUUUCAACAAUUCUAUGAUUAUGAAUAUACAAACUGUUAUACAUUUAAUGCUGAAUGGGGAAAAUCUGAUACCGAACUUCCUAUGGCAACUCUAUUCAAUCCAAUUUCUGGAAAAUCUUCAGAAUUGUUGAUAUGUAUGAAUUUAGAAAAGGAUGAAUAUACAAAAAUGGAUAAAACUGUUCGUGCUAGAAUGACUAUACACGAUUCACAAACAAUUCCUAACCCUAGAUACGACGGAGUCAGUUUAUUACCGGAUACAUUUUAUUCGUACGGAGUUAGAAAGAACACGAUCAAACUGCUAGAGGCUCCGUAUCAACCCGGAUGUAGAAACUACAAAUCUGAAAAAGAGAAAAGAGUAGGAGCUUUAAUGUCACAAGAGGAUUGUCUUGCCGAAUGCCUUUUUAUGGCAACUUUGAAAAAAUGCAAUUGUACGUAUCAUCGAUUUGCGCUAAUAUAUGAAGAUAUUCCUUGUAAAAAAGAAAAAGAAAAUUGUCUUAAGAACAACUUUACUGUCCGUAGAGAAGCAUGCUAUAAAAGUUGUGGAAUGCCUUGCGAGAAAACAACUUAUGAUUAUAUAGCCGUAGACUCGCAUAAAUUGCAAACGGCAUCAUUUCAGUAUGACGAUAAAGUACUUCCUUUUAUAAAAAAUAAAAAGGAGGAAGGAUUGUGA